GCGUAUUCCCAUGAUGCAAUGUAUGUCGUGCAGAGAAACUCUUCAAGAACAAUGUAAGCAGACUCUGGAUCCAUGACGAAGUUGAACUCUGCACAUAACGUCAUGUUUCCUUUUCCUACAGAGACAAAAUCAAGUUAAAAGAGCCUAAAUGUCUCCAAAACUGAAAUGCAUGUGUUUUUAUUUACCUUCCAUAUUUCCUCCCAUGAUGUACAGAUCUUUCAGUUUUUGAGGAAAACUUGGAUCCAGUCUGACAGCCAACGCCAGGUUUGUGAGCGGGCCGAGGGCCACCAAGGAGACCUGUGGAGAGCGUGUUAUAGCAGAGAGCAGCUUCAUAUCAAAGAUGAAACACUGAAUGAGCAUCAAUCACUUCAACAUCACAGUCAGCCUGAGAUAAUUCAUCAUCCAUCACACUGAGUGGCCAUUCAAUGCCUAAUACAUCAGAGGGUCAAGGAGUAAACCUCCCUGGGCCAGCAGAACCGUCAGGGCUGCAAAGGCCCACGGAUGGAGUGGAGGAACACGGUCUGAUGAACUCCCUUGCCCGGGAUGCUGCCCAAGUCAGACGGGCUUCCAGUGCUGAACUCCAUCUUCCAUGGACUUGCCCGGUCACACACUCCAGAGAGAAGUUCUACACGGUCUGCUCCGAUUAUGCUCUUCUCAACCAGGCUGCUUCUGUGUACCGGCCUCCAAACACAUCCAGGGACCUGGUCUCCAACAAGCAGGGUGACGGCCCAUCACUACUGAAGACCAAACCCUCGGUUGACUUCAGCCUCGGCCAGCCUGGAGGGGCCCAUGUGGGAUCAGACGGAGACUGUGACAUGAUGGAGGUGUCAUCUGGAAUCACUAAGCCCAUUCUGGCCUGGGAGAUUGAUACCACAGACUUCAAUGCCGUUCUCAUGAGGAAAACAAGAACAAGCAAUGUAAAGAAAAGUAUGACAAAGAAGAUGAAGUCCUCAGACAGGAUCAGCCGAAAUCUGCAGGACGCCUCUCCGCAUGACUCACUGGAGGAGAUCAAACAGAGAAAAGUGCUUGACCUCAGGAGAUGGUACUGCAUCAGCCGGCCACAGUACAAGACCUCAUGUGGAAUCUCCUCUUUGGUGUCGUGUUGGAAUUACCUCUACAGCACUCUGGGUGCAGGGAGCCUUCCUCCCAUCUCUCAGGAGGAGGCUCUGCACAUUCUGGGUUUUCAGCCGCCUUUUGAAGAAAUCAAGUUUGGUCCUUUCACCGGCAAUGCGACUCUGAUGCGGUGGUUCAGACAAAUCAAUGACAAUUUCAGAGUGCGAGGCUGCUCCUACAUCCUGUACAAACCUCACGGGAAACACAAGACAGCAGGAGAGACAGCUGAAGGAGCGCUCAUGAAGCUGACACAGGGGCUGAAGGAUGAGUCCAUGGCCUACAUUUACCACUGUCAGAAUCAUUACUUCUGCCCACUGGGCUUCGAGGCUACGCCGCUCAAAGCAGCGAAGGCUUACAGGGGUCCCUUACCCACGAAUGAAAUGGAGUAUUGGAUCCUGAUUGGUGAACCCAGUCGGAAACAUCCAGCUAUCCACUGUAAAAAGUGGAUGGACAUUGUGACGGACCUGAACACGCAGAAUCCAGACUACCUGGACAUCCGUCACACAGAGAGGGGCAUUCAACGGCGCAAAACCAAAAAGGUGGGAGGUAACCUGCACUGCAUCAUGGCCUUCCAGAGGGUGAACUGGCAGAAGCUCGGCCCCUGGGCUCUGAACCUGGAGAACCUGCGGCAUGACUACCACCACUCGGGCACAGAGCGAGCCCACGCCUCCGACGAAUCAGAGGACAGGAUCUCAUCGAAGCGUCUGGCCAACCUGGGACGCUCGCACAGUAUGGGGAGUCAGAAAGACAGCAGCUGGAAACGUCAGUCCAACACGGCAGAGUACAGACAGAGGAGCUCACCUGAGAGCGACCUGGAGGAAGACAACAUGGACUGAACAGACUCACUACAGUGAUCCUGUACCAGUGCACACUUCAUUCACUUAGUGCUGUUUAGGAAAACACGUGCUGUAUAAUCUGUUCAAACAUGACCAACCUCCAUGUUACCUUGUACAGGUGAGUUGUUGCUCCUGACGUCCAGUGGUCCGUUCAGUUCAGUGGAAACUCCGUCCAGAUUAAGUGUUUUGUGAAAGCAGCUGACAUUUUAGUUGUGCUUUGUGAAACCUGCUGUGAGACUGUUACGUAGACGAUGAUCCUAGUUUUUUUAAAGACCGGAGCUGUACAGAGGGGAAGGUGUAAACAUUCAAUCCUACUGACUGUAUGUAAAGAUGGACAAUGCAUCUCCACCUACUCCUAUCGUACAAAAGCGAAGCCAAAAUCCUUGCUGCGACAUUUUGUAAAUUAAUAAUAGAGACAACAGGAAGAGGGCGUAUUAUGCUCAUAUUCAGACGUUGUAUCGUCCCUCUGAUCCCUCUGUAGUAGCUUUACAUGACUUACAGCUCAAUAACUAUUUAUCUCUGACUGGUGUCUUUGAAAGCCUCGUUUCAGCUUCUGACUGAACAGCUUCAUUUUAGACACUGUCUCUUUAAAGCUAGGGUUGGUAAUCACGGUAGUCACGGAAACUAGCACGGAUUUGAAUGUAGCAUUUCCUCAGGACGCCGUCUAACCCCCCACCCCUCCAAUUGACGCCCCUGCUCACGACCUUAGAUGGUGACUGAUUCAAAACCGGUCCUC